UGACAGUGCUCAUAGAUAAAAUUCACGGUUUUGCAAAUUUUAUCUGUCUGCAUAAAAAGAUAAGGGAGACAGUUCAGAAAUUGGGUGCUAAGGGAGAAACUGUCACACGAAAAUGGGAGUGUUAAUUUAUGGUUUAAUUGUAGUUGUAUAUACAGCAUCUGUCCUUGGUGAGUACACGGACCCACAUUGUAAUGGUAAACAGGUAAUUGUUCAUCUGUUUGAGUGGAAGUGGUCAGAUGUCGCUCUAGAAUGUGAACGUUUCCUGUCCAAGAAAGGAUUCUGUGGCGUCCAGGUUUCACCAGCCAACGAGCACGUGGUUGUUACAUCUCCUCCUCAACCUUGGUGGCAAAGGUAUCAGCCGGUCAGUUAUAAAUUACACAGUCGUAGCGGUACCGAAGCUGAAUUUUCCGAUAUGGUUUCCAGGUGCAAGAAGGUUGGCGUCAGGAUAUUUGUGGAUAUUGUGAUCAAUCAUAUGGCUGGACUAGGACGAUCCGGUACAGGGACAGGAGGAAGUAGCUUUAAUAGUAAUAACUACGAUUUCCCAGGCGUCCCGUAUGUGCACGAGCACUUUAACAAUUACUGCAAGCUUAACAAUUACGGAGACCCUAAUCAGGUUAGGAACUGUUACCUUGUAGAUCUUACCGAUCUCAACCAAGGAAAUGAGUACGUAAGGAACAAAAUUGCUGGUUUCUUGAACAAGAUGAUUGAUAUCGGAGUAGCUGGCUUCCGUGUAGAUGCAGCCAAACAUAUGUGGCCGAAAGAUAUUCAAGGUAUACAGCAGAAACUGAAAGAUCUACCGGAAGGUGGUAGGCCAAUGUUUUAUCAUGAGGUAAUUGAUCAAGGUGGUGAACCUAUAAAAACAAGUGAAUACACAAGUCUUGGCUACGUCACAGAGUUCAGAUAUAGUAUAAAGCUUAAAGACGGCAUUCAAGACUUUGGACGACUAAGUGGGGUUGUGGACUAUGGAUGGGGGAUGACAGACUCUGCGCAUGCGCUUGUGUUUGUGGAUAACCAUGAUAAUCAAAGAGGACACGGGGGAGGUGGAUCAUUAAAUACACAUAAAAAGCCGAGAGAAUAUAAAAUGGCUGUAUCUUUCUUGUUAGCAAAUGACUAUGGGUUCGCUAGAAUAAUGAGCAGCUAUUAUUUUGGUACUAACACUGACCAGGGACCGCCACACAACGGAGACUAUUCUAUCAAAGAUGUUUCUAUUAGUGCUGAUGGACUGUCAUGCGGAAAUGGUUGGGUUUGCGAACACAGAUGGCGCCCUAUUGCAAACAUGGUAGCAUUUAGAAACGCCGUAGCUGGAACAACAAAAGGCAACUAUUACAACCAGAACAAUCAGAUAGCAUUUUCUCGAGGUAACAAGGGAUUUUUCGCUAUGGCCCGGGAUGGUCAUAUGGACGUCACGUUACAGACAGGUCUUCCUGCAGGGGAGUAUUGUGAUCUAAUCACUGAUUGUUCAAGAAAGAUAUCUGUUGAUAGCAGUGGUAGAGCUCAUAUUGUCAUAAAUAACCAAGAUGAACCAAUCCUUGCUUUUAUUGUAGGGUCAUCAAGUCCAGCUCAGGUUCCGGUCAACAACGUUGUAACCACGGUCAGUCAAGGCCCACCUCCAACCGCACCAGCUGGCUGGUCUAGGACGGUCAUAAUGAUAGAAAAACAAACACAAGUAGGACAGGAUCUGUUUGUACGCGGUGGUUUAGAUCAUGACACUCAUACAGGUUGCACAUCGGACGCUUCGACGAGCGCCUGUGCGAUACCGAUUCGAGCCCGGGAUAUUGGUACGAGUGCACAUUAUGCCAAAUAUAACGCGUGGUCAGCUCAUGAUGACCACUUGGACUGGUAUGGUAGUGAGGCUAACCAAGGCACGUAUCAUGGCACGAUGGCACAGGGAACACCAGCGGUAUGGACAACAAAUGCACCGGGACAAGCAGGGCAUAGUGAUCUUAACACAUAUGGACAGCAUUAUUGGUUGGUGGAUGUAGACAUGGACUGUAGUAAAACAGAAAAUGGUUGGUUCGAGAUAAAAGCCGUCGUAAACGGGCAGUGGGAAGGCAACAUUAGGUCUGGUGCAUGUACAGGAAGUGGGGCUGGUGCAACUCCUAGACAAACAAACAAUCACUGGGCCCGAUGUGGCAUGUUGAACAUCUACCAUUUUAACUCUGCAUCGUGUGAAAUAAAAAAUAUUCCAUAAAUAUUAAGAAAAAUGGU